AUGAAGGCAACAGGUGCCUUAGUGCUGCUCAGCCUGCUGCUGUUCUCUUUCCUCUCCGAUGUAGAAGGUCAAGACAUUGAAGAGAUUUGUAGAGAGUAUGUAGACAGAAGCGUGUACUGCACAAGGGAGUCCAACCCUCACUGUGGCACGGAUGGCGUCACAUAUGGAAACAAGUGUGCCUUCUGCAGGGCAGUGCUGAGAAGUGGAGGGAAAAUAAGAUUGAAGCACAUGGGGAAAUGUUGA